CAUCCACAUUAUUCGCUCCCUCUCACAUUGGCUCCAACCAAAUGCAUCCAGCAGGGCCAUCCUUUCCUAAUUCUCUCCUCUCCCUUUCUCCUUCUCCAUCUCUACCUUUUUCUUCCUUGAAACAUUAAUCCUCUCUCCUCUCCUCUCCAACUCACGCCUCUCAGUUCUAAGCUUUCAGCUAGGCCUAGGGCAUGGCACAAGAUUGUGCCAUGCAACAAACCUCGCUUGACAUGCUACCCGUGGCAGUGUUCGAUUUAUCUCAAUCAUUUGGAGACUUCUAGAAGAAUAUCCAUUUUUGUCAUAAGAUGGGGAUACCCUUUUCUUGUCCAUUUCCUGAUCUUGAUGAUUUGGACAGACGGCUUGAAGCUUUUUUGGUUAGGUCAAUGAGCUUUGAUGGCAGGGCUGUAAGAACUGCAUUGCGAUCAGUUAGUUUUGAUGACAGAGAUUCUGAACAUGCCACAGUGAGAUCUUUUGGUUCUGGAAAUACAAAAUUUCAAGGGUCUGUUAGCUUUACAGGGAGGCAAUUGGGGACAAGGAUCUCAUUUGGAGCUCAUUCAGAUAAGGAAGAAAAUGUGUUUGUAAAACCAGCCAACCCCAUGAGCAUAGGUAAGGGUGAAAAUGAACCAACAGAUAGCAGUCAUGGAAAAACACUCAAAAAGUCGGCAAUAGAGUCAGGUGACACAAGAUAUCUGGCUGCUUUAAGGUUGCAGAAGGUGUAUAAAAGUUUCCGCACCAGAAGAAAGCUAGCAGAUUGUGCUGUUCUAGUUGAGCAAAGAUGGUGGAAGGUGUUAGAUUAUGCACAGCUAAAACGGAGUUCUAUAUCCUUCUUUGAUAUUGAAAAACCAGAAACUGCUGUUUCACGUUGGUCAAGAGCAAGAACCCGAGCUGCCAAGGUUGGCAAGGGUUUGUCAAAGGACGAAAGGGCACUCAAACUUGCUCUACAGCAUUGGCUUGAGGCAAUUGAUCCUCGCCAUCGCUAUGGUCAUAAUCUUCAAUUCUAUUAUGCUGAGUGGCUUCAUUGUGAUAGCAGACAACCAUUCUUUUAUUGGCUCGACAUAGGAGAAGGAAAAGAAGCCAAUCAUGAAAGAUGCCCCAGAUCAAAGCUUCGACAACAGUGCAUCAAAUAUCUUGGCCCGACAGAAAGGAAGGCUUACGAAGUUACUUUGGAGGACGGGAAGCUUUUCUAUAAACAAACUGGGAAGCUACUUGAUACAAGGGGAGGACCCGAAGAUACCAAGUGGAUUUUUGUCCUGAGCACCUCCAAGACGUUGUACGUUGGGCAAAAGUGCAAAGGCAAAUUUCAGCAUUCAAGUUUUUUGGCUGGAGGGGCCACAUUAUCUGCUGGAAGAUUAAUGGUGGAAGAUGGCAUCCUGAAGGCAGUUUGGCCGCAUAGCGGGCAUUAUCUCCCAACAAUGGAGAAUUUUGAAGAAUUCAUGUUAUUCCUGAAGGAGCACAAUGUAGAUCUCAGUAUUGUCCAGAAAAAUCCAGUUGAGGAUGAGUUACAUCUCCGAAAGAAGUCUGGCAUUGCCAUGCAAAACAACUUCGAAGAUCCAGAAUGUGCUUUAUCCAAUGCCCAAGGAUCGGGACAAAAUCGCUACGGUGCACGCUGGUAUGGGCUUUCUAGAAGAUUGGACUCGAAGAUAGCUACACUUGAAAUACCAGGAAAAGACAACGUGAUCGAGAUGUUGAGGAAAUAUGAGCAAGAAGACAAGGCAAGUGACAUCAUUGACAGUGUGGGAUCUCCAAUGGAUGGGUAUGAAACUGCAGAAGAAUCUUUAUCAGAUGAUGACGAGUUCACUGUUUCAAAAAGGAACUUGUUUGAUGAAGAUGAAGAAAUGUAUUAUGAAGAACCCAUACCAAAAGAGAAGAUUAUUCAGAGGAUAAAUUCACACAAAAGAACAAAGUCGUAUCAGUUAGCUCAGUGUUUAUCUUGCAAAUGGACAACAGGGGCUGGACCGCGGAUUGGUUGUGUAAGGGACUAUCCAUCAGAGCUCCAAAACCGGGCUCUUGAGGAAGUGAACUUGUCACCAAGAAGUGCUUUUUCCUCUCCAAGAAAAUCAUUCCGCCUGACUCCUACAAAUUUGAGUAGAGAGAGAACUGCCGCAGGUAGAAGUCCACUUGGUGCAGAGCAAAUGGCAAGGCAUCAAAUAUGAACACCAUAAUCUAAGGGGUUUUGGUCGAGUAUAUAUAUAACAUACAUGUAGGUAUCUGUUUUCGAUCUUUUGUAUAUCAUUCUUUUUACCCAAUUAUUUCUUAGAUUUUAAGGAAUGGCAUCAAGUGAAAAUGAUGCCAGUUUUGCUGGUUUUGCUCUAACCCAUAUUCAUCAA